CAAAACGUGCUUUUUUCAAUGUGUGUAUCAUUAUACAUUUCUCAACGCGACAACCAGCAAACAAGGUCAAAAACCAGUGCUCCUUCAACACACUCUCUCUCUAGAUCUCUCUCUCUAAAUAUAUAUUACAUACAUAUAUAUAUAUAUCGUUCAUGGCCGCCAACAAGAAGAUUAAAUCAAAUACUGAUUCGCUCCUCUGCUAUUUACGACUCAAUCCUCUUCCCUAACUUCGUAGCCUUUCACUUUCUCUCUCUCUAAACAUCUUACUCAUUCAAAGUCCUCGGUUUGCGUGCACGUUUUCCAUUGCUCUUAAAUCGUCUUCUUCAACUCUCUUCUCACUCUAAACUUUCAUUUUGCGGCUUUCUCUCCCUGGAAUCAGCUCCAACGAAUCUGAUUUUGUGUGGUGGAUAACUCAGGAAGCGAAAUGGCGAGCAAAUGGAGGAAAGCGAAGAUCGCGCUUGGUCUGAAUCUGUGUGUGUAUGUGCCGGGGACUGUGGACGACGAGUCGCCUCCAUCCGAGAGGUUAUCCGACGCCGCUUUGCUUUCGCCGUCGUAUACCCCGGCGGCGCCGACCACGCCGACGCCGUCGUCUCGUGGUUUGCGGUUAUCGAAAAGUAUGAGCCGGUCAUCUAAGAAGAUCUGCUCGAUAUGUUUGGCCACAAUGAAACGUGGGGAUGGCCAUGCCAUAUUUACUGCAGAAUGCUCGCAUUCCUUCCAUUUCCAUUGUAUUGCUUCAAAUGUGAAACAUGGAAAUCAAAUUUGCCCGGUUUGCAGAGCAAAGUGGAAAGAAAUUCCCUUGCAGGGUCCUAGUUUGGAUCCUCCUCUUGGAAGGGCAAGAAUCAAUCCUGUAGAUUGGCCCCAAAAUAAUGCCAUGAUGACUGUAAUUCGCCGACUGCCUCCCCCUUGUCCAAAUGCCAAUCGGCACACCGCGCCACUGCUUCAAGCUCCUGAACCGGCUGUCUUCAAUGAUGAUGAAUCCCUGGAUCAUCAACCCAAUUCUGCUGAGAGAAGCACUCCUGAAAAGAAUGCUGUGGAUAGUAACUCUCAUAGGACAAUACAGAUUAAAACAUACCCACAUGUUCCAGAAGUCCCACAGUUCACUUCUUGUGAUAACUUUAAUGUUCUGGUCCAUCUUAAAGCUCCCAUUUCAAUUUCAGGACAAAAUCUCAACAUAAACCAGGCCAACUUGCCACAAAUUUCUCAAACUCCCCGUGCACCAGUCGACCUUGUCACAGUGCUUGACAUCAGUGGUAGCAUGGCAGGUACCAAGCUUGCAUUGCUAAAGCGAGCCAUGGGGUUUGUGAUUCAAAAUCUCGGCCCCAAUGACAGGAUGUCAGUUAUUGCAUUCUCUUCAACAGCCCGACGCAUCUUCCCCCUCCGUAGAAUGACUGACGCAGGACGACAGCAGGCAUUGCAAGCUGUAAACUCAUUGGUCGCAAAUGGAGGAACAAAUAUUGCUGAAGGCUUGAGAAAGGGUGCGAAGGUAAUGGAAGACCGAAGGGAAAAGAACCCAGUUGCCAGUAUAAUACUGUUGUCUGAUGGACAGGACACAUAUACCGUCAGUGGUCCAGUUGGCAACCAAAAUCAACCAAAUUACCAGUUGCUCCUUCCUUUAUCCAUUCAUAGCACUGACAGUGCAGGAUUUAAGAUUCCUGUGCAUGCUUUUGGGUUUGGCACUGAUCAUGAUGCUUCAUCGAUGCAUUCAAUUUCGGAGAUUUCUGGAGGAACCUUUUCUUUUAUUGAGACUGAAGCUGUGAUUCAGGAUGCAUUUGCACAGUGUAUUGGGGGGCUUUUGAGUGUUGUGGUCAAGGAAUUGCAAGUGGUUAUUGAGUGUGUGCACCCAAGCCUCCACCUUGGUUCUCUAAAAGCAGGAAGUUACUCAAACCGUGUGAUGGAAGAUGGGCGUAUGGGAUUUAUUGAUGUUGGAGAUUUGUAUGCUGACGAGGAGAGGGAUUUUCUGGUUUCAGUUAAUGUCCCAGCAGAGUCUUCAAGCAAAGAGACAUCAUUGUUCAAGGUGAGAUUAGUCUACAGUGACCCGUUAACUAAAGAAAAUGUGACUUUGGAAAGUGAUGAAGUUAGGAUCAAGAGACCUGAAUUAGCUGGACAAGAGGUGGUGUCAGUGGAAGUGGACAGGCACCGCAACAGGUUUCAAGCAGCCGAGGCAAUGGCACAAGCACGAACCGCAGCUGAGCAGGGAGACCUGGCUGGUGCAGUUUCUACGCUUGAAUGUUGCCGAAGAGUGUUGUCAGAAACCGUGUCAGCUAAAUCUCGUGACCGGCUCUGUGUUGCAUUGGAUGCUGAGCUCAAGGAGAUGCAAGAGAGGAUGGCAAGCAGGCAUGUGUACGAGGCAUCAGGAAGGGCAUAUAUACUGUCAGGACUGAGCUCACACUCAUGGCAGAGAGCAACUGCACGAGGUGACUCCACAGACGGUUCAAGUCUUGUUCAGUCCUAUCAAACCCCAUCGAUGGCUGAGAUGCUCACUCGGUCUCAGGCCACAUUAUUGGGUAGUCCAUCAGCUCAGAGGCUUGCCCGACCUGUAUGGUCAUUUGCAUCGCAACCAAAACCAAGGUAAAUGUUUUGAGACUGUUGUGGAGAGUUCGUCUCCAAACCGUAACUAUAUAUUUCAAUACCUAUUUUCUUUUUCCUUUUUUCUUUUUUUUUUUUUGUUUGGGAUUGGGGAUAAAUUGGAGAGUUAAGAAGAAGAUUUUGGGUUGUCAAUAUUGUUCCUGUCUUAAAUAUGUAGAGUAAUAAAGUCGGGUCAGUGCAGAAGGAUAUAUAUUUUGGAGGAAAAGGUAAAGGAAUGGUAGGUAGGGUUCUCACAACUUUUUUGUAUUGCUUUUCCUUGUGUUGUUGUUGGGGGUGUACAUAAGGAGAAAUGGUUUCCAUCUCAGAGAUGUGGGUAUAAGUUUGUAAUUGUGGGGAUUGGAUGAACUUUUUACCUAAUAUAUAAGAUUACCUGCAAUUUGAUUCUUUUCACAA